AUGUCUCUGGAAACACCUUUGGAUCUAUUGAAACUUAACCUAGACGAAAAAGUGUAUGUCAAACUACGUGGAGCUAGAGAGUUAACAGGCACCCUGCAGGCGUUUGAUUCGCAUUGCAACAUAGUGCUGAGCGACGCGGUCGAAACUAUCUAUGAACUUGUGUCCGGAGAGUUGAAGUCGACAGAAAAGAGUUCGGAGAUGAUAUUUGUAAGAGGAGACAGUGUGACACUGAUAACAACACCCUCUGAUGACGAGUAA